AUGCUUGGUCCGGAUGAUUUGGGGCAAGUGAUUGUACUAGUCUUGCGACGUAAACUGAACGACAAAGUGCCUGGUGAUCAACAACAAGAAAAUGCUGCCUUACCGGACUCCAUCAUUGUGGGUGCUUCCAUAGAGCUCAUGGUUAGUGUGAAGGAAGCCAGAACCAUAAGCGCUUCUCGCGAAGGUCGCGGUUCACGCUACAUUCUUCGCACUAGCUCCAAAAGUAUUCUCGAGAAGCUCACCAAAAUCACGAAACUGACGGACGGCACUGAGGUUGAAAUCGCCCAUCAUCCUACGCUCAACACCGUUCAAGGAAUAGUGUAUGAUACGGACACCAUCAACAAAGACGAUAAUCUGAUUCUGGACUACCUCAAACCCCAGGGUGUUCAUGCAGUAAGGAGAAUCAGGAAACGAGUAAACGGCGCUCUUAAGAAUACUCCAUUAUUGGUUCUGUCCUUCCAUGGCACCACUGUGCCGGAUAUUGUCUACUUUGGACUACUGCGUAAAGAACAACCCAGCAUCUGUCUGCGAUGUGCCGUCCAACAUGAUGUUCCCGAUGGUGAACAUUGUGUCAAUCCGCCAAACUGCCUUCACUGCAAGACUGGACAUCAAACGACUUCGCGAGACUGCCCUAAAUACCAAGAGGAGGAGAAAAUUGUUCGUUUGAAAGUCGACAAAAGCAUUUCAAUUACCGAAGCAAGACGCCUGUACGCAGAAGAAAAUAAACGGGAAACUUUUGCAACAGUUGUACAAGAACAAAUUCAACAACAACUGGCUGCCAAAGAUCUCAUAAUAGCUACAUUGCAGCAACAAGUAGCUACACUAACAAAAGAGCUCGCCGCUUUGAAAGAAGCACUGAAAUCAUGCUCCCACAGUCAACCAUCAUCACCACACCAUCAACAGAAUACUACCACUACCCAGAAACCGUCUUCUAAAGCUUUUUCAAGUACACAUGUGCAGCAAAUUCAACCAGCACAAACCGAGUGGCUAUCUAGGAAGGACCAAUCAGGUAUCCCGCAGCAGCAAGAGCAACGAGAAAACCGCAAAAACAACAGACAGCAGUGCACUAUCAUGACUCGUAGUAGAAGCAAUAAACGGCACAUGGAAUUCUCACCUACAGAAACAGCGCACCACCAGGGUAAACGAACGCCAGCACCGUCGAACAAAACCAGUACAUCCAUCGACGGAGAAUCAAAUAAUGGACCAGGAACCUCAUAA